CGCGCACUGUCUGCCAUUUCAUUCGCACCCGCACACAGCCUGCUUUGCCUUUCCCACAUGAAAACGAAAAGCAGUCACUUGGUGGAAAUUUUGUGACCAUUGUGCUGUGCUUCAAAAACGUUUAAUUUCGCGUAACCACAUACCGUUUGAAAGCCAAGAGUCCGACGAAUCUUUUGCUUCCAUCCGUGCGAAAAUCGGGAAGUUGGAAGUACGCGAAAAAGCCCACCGAAAAAGGGCCGCCGCUGUGAGUGUGUGUGACCAGAAGAGAAAAAAAUGCCCUGCCGCUGGAAGUGAAAAAUGCGCUCGCCAUUUUGACUCGGGCGACAAUUUUUGUACAAGUGCUCUGCCCGUCGUCGUAGUAGUCGUUGUUGUGGUCCGCAUCCGGAUUUGCACACGUGCCGCAGUCCGUGGGUGCAAUUCGUCCACCCACCCAAACCAGCCGUUGUCCCGUUUCCAUUUUCCUUCAUACACACGUUGCGGCUACGGCACGUAGCACUGCUGUUACAUUUUGUUUUUGGCGGUCCAUCCAGGUGAGGCGGUAAGCGGUAACAACAACAAAAACAAUUGGUCUCCGGCUGCCUCCAUCACAAAAAAAAUGGCGCAUUCGACGGGCGGAACAGUGAAGGCCGAUGAGGUGAACUUCUUUUUUCGGGACGAGCAUGGACAAAUAGCUAAGAUGCUGAAGCCGGCCCAAAGCAAGUCCGAAAUGGAAGGCGGAAAACCCGUGUCCGUAGUUUACUCCACCGGCUCAUCGGCGCGCAACAGCGGAAAUGCUAGCGGCAUCGGCAACGUGGGACGCAUGGGCGCUUUUAGUCAGAUGGGAUCCAGCAAUCAGGGACAGUUCAUACGGCUGCAGGACAACGGUAUGUCCAUUCCAAAAUCAGAAGUAGGUUCUACCUACACCACUGUUUCGGCGCAAAAGACUUCAGGCACAAGUACUGGCCUAUUUGACUUGCCGGCAAAAGGGGAACGGUACGUAAAGUUUACGACCAAUCCCAUGAAGAUGAAAUCAAAACUUCAUGCCAUUCAGAGCAAUUCCUUGCAAUCCAUUUCCGCCUCCUCAUCGUCCGUACAAAGAAAACGCAAGCCGGACAAGGCGGGCAAGGGAUUGCGUCACUUCUCGAUGAAGGUCUGCGAAAAGGUGGAGGAGAAGGGCAAGACCACCUACAAUGAGGUGGCCGACGACUUGGUCAGCGAGGAGAUGAAGAACAAUGCGUACGACAACAACUGUGAUCAAAAGAAUAUCCGACGUCGUGUCUAUGAUGCGCUCAAUGUACUAAUGGCAAUCAAUGUUAUCUCCAAGGAUAAGAAGGAGAUUCGUUGGAUAGGACUUCCCGCCAAUUCAGCUGAGCAAUUUCUGGCCCUGGAGGAAGAAAACAGUCUGCGCCGCGAGCGUAUCAAACAGAAAAAAGAAAUGCUGCGCGAAAUGAUCAAUCAGCAUGUGGCGUUCAAGGGAUUGGUCGAGCGGAACAAGCGAAACGAGAGCCAGGGCGUGGUGCCUUCCCCCAACGCCUCGAUCCAGCUGCCUUUCAUCAUUGUGAACACGCACAAGUCCACCAAAAUCAACUGCAGUGUGACCAACGACAAGUCCGAAUACAUAUUCAAGUUCGACCAGGCCUUCGAAAUGCACGAUGACAUUGAGGUACUGAAAAACAUGGGCUUCCUCAUGGGUUUGGAUAAGGGCGAAUGUACGCCGGAGAACAUUGAACGAGUUAAGUCCCGGGUUCCACCAAACCUUGCCAAAUUCGUGGAAGCCUACGGAACUGGCAAAACUGGUGAAACUAUGUACGAAUCGGACGACGAGGACAAUGAGUUCAACGGGUACCUGGAGUCAGGCAAUGAGUCCCAGGGCUUUGCACAACACUCGGCACAACACACCACCGACGGCGAGUAUAAGCUGGAGUUGGAUGAUGACGAGCUGGACGACGACAUUGAUUGAGUUGACGGUGCCGCCGACAUUGCGCCAGCCAUGGCCGAUGCGGACGCGGAUGCGGAAGGAGGAGAUGUUGAUGCGGAGGAUACAUUUAGUUUUACGUUUAUCAACGCUUUGUUAGGUUUGCCACGCCCCUCUGUUUAGGCAAGAGCCCACUCCAAUCCACACCCAUUCCGACCCACCCACACAAUUGGUUUUGUUUACCUCUUAAUGAGACUCUAUUAAAUUAUAUAUCUCGUAGCGACGAGAAAGAAAGAUUCGGUAGUUCAUGUAUGUACGUUUAGUUCGCAUACACAGUUUGUACUUGUAUCAUUGAAGAUUUAUGUUUAAGCUCAAACGUUUUUAAAAUAAUUUGUCUAGUUAAGCAGAACGCGUAUUUUAGUUCAAACCAUAUUUCACAUAUGGCAAUCCCGCAAAACCACAGGCCCAAGCUAAUGUUUACUCUCUUCUUAGUUGUUAUGAGUCUCCCUUAUCCUCAAUUGCCUUUUCAUGUUUGGGUAGGCAUAAGUGAAAGCGAUAAUGUUAUGGGUAAAUAAUUGUCUCUUAAUAAUAUAAUAUACCAAAAUUGUACACAUAACAGCAAUGAAAUGCAAUUAUUUUUAGAAAUGCCACGAGCAGUUUGAACUGCAGACAAGAACGAACAUAUGUAAUAUGUUUAAUUUGCUUAAACCCCUUGAUAAAACGAUUGUUUUAAUUUCUCAAACCCCACAUUUUAAAAUGACAACGGAGAGCAGAUAAUUGCGUAAUAAUCAACCUACCUAAUUAGUAAUAACAAUUAAAACAAGAUAUACAUUUUCAGAAUUUGUAUUUAUAUUAUUGAACCUUCUUCAAGUGAAUACAAAAGCAUACAAAUACAAAUUAGUAGAAAUCAAGUAUAAGGCGUUAACAAUUAAGUGUCGAGCAUGUAGUUGUGUAAUAAAUCGAAAUAAUUGAUUGCGUGGAUGCAAAGGAAAUUACAAAUGAGUAAGACGAAAUCGAACCGAGUGACAAGUUAAUAAAGAAGUAAUUGCAUAUUGUAAAAUAUGAUAAACCGAGAA